GUUCAAUCGUGGACAUCGUAGAUAUUGUGGAUAGCCUCGUCUGAACAGCAACACAUCUUCAGCAGUGUUGCCGUGGUCGUGGUUGUUGACGUGACUUGCAUUUUUUACGACAUGGUUCGAAACACAGUCACUGACGGCGCCAGUGAGAGUCGUGAAGGUCUCUUGCGUCCGUCGCUCGACCAAGCAUAUCGAUCCUCUUCCGACUCCGACCUCGAUGCAACCGAUUACCUGAAGUACCAGGAGCCACCUUCUACAGAGUCUUCCGAAAUGAAGCCCUUGUCGAAGCUCCGCCGGAGCUGCACCCGCCGCUCAAAAUGCUGCCUCAUGAUCGCCGUGGUGGUCAUAAUAAUCGGAAUCGUGGUUAGUGGGGGCGGAUGGUGGGUUUACAACAUGGUGCCGGUUGACGGCGAGUCGCCGCCAUGGUAUCCAUCCCCACUCGGAGGAGAAAUCGACACGCCGUGGAAAGAGAGCUAUGCCAAAGCUGCCAAACUGGUUGAGAAGAUGACAAUACCGGAAAAAGUAAAUGUGUCGACUGGAGUAGGCUGGCAGAUGGGCCUCGCAGUAGGCAACACUGCGCCAGCUACACAUGUCGGCUUCCCAAGCCUAGCGCUCCAAGAUGGACCUCUGGGCAUUAGAUUUGCCGACAAUGCUACAGCAUUCCCAGCGGGGUUGACAGUUGGCGCUACGUGGAACAGAACGUUGAUGUAUGCAAGGGGGAAAGCGCACGGCCAGGAAGCGCGCUUGAAGGGCAUCAAUGUUCUCCUUGGCCCCUGCGUGGGGCCACUUGGGCGUAUGCCUGCGGGUGGCAGGAACUGGGAAGGGUUUGGAGCCGAUCCCUACCUCCAGGGCGUUGCUGCCGCCGAGACGGUCAAAGGCAUCCAGGGAGAAGGAGUCAUGGCUACAAUUAAGCACUACAUUGGGAAUGAGCAAGAACACUUCCGACAGGCUCGGGAAUGGGCCAUCCCAAACGCCCUCAGCUCAAACAUUGGCGACAGGACUUUGCACGAGCUCUACCUAUGGCCAUUCGCUGAUGCCGUUAAAGCUGGCGUUGCAAGUGUCAUGUGCAGUUACCAGAUGACGAACAACUCAUACUCUUGCGCCAAUAGCAAGUUGCUAAAUGGUAUUCUAAAGGACGAACUUGGAUUUCAAGGAUUCGUCCAGUCCGACUGGCUGGCGCAGCGCGCUGGGGUGGCGAGCACAUUGGCAGGGUUGGACAUGAGCAUGCCAGGAGAUGGUCUUGUUUGGGCAAACGGCCAGUCGCUCUGGGGCCCUGAACUUACCAAGUCGGUUCUCAACGGCUCUGUGCCUGUAUCUCGGCUGAACGAUAUGGUGACCCGUAUUGUCGCAGCAUGGUACCAACUCGGACAGGAUGACGAAUCUAAAUUUGACCGAAAGGGACCAAACUUCUCGUCGUGGACGAAUGAUGCCAAAGGACGUCUUCAUCAUGGUAGCCCAGAUGACACCAACCUUCAAAUUGUCAAUCAGUUUGUCAAUGUUCAAGGCGAAGAGGAAAAUUCCCACGCCGAAAUCGCAAAGGAGGUGGCAAUACAAGGGACAGUGUUGCUCAAAAACAGUGGCAUCUUGCCUCUCAGCCGUGUGGGGUGGCCAGAAGGUGCGACACAGGACAGGAAAUUUAGAGUUGGCAUAUUCGGGGAGGACUCUGGGCCAGGAAAUGGGCCAAAUGCUUGCGAGGAUCGCGCCUGUAACCAGGGAACUCUAGGAUCUGGAUGGGGCUCUGGGGCCGUUGAGUUUCCGUAUCUCAUUACGCCAGUUUCUGCGAUCAAGGCGGCCGUUGAUAAGGCCAAAGUCGACGUAACCGACUCAUUGACCAACAAGGCGCCACCGGGAAGCUCGUCGAUGCUGAAGGACCAAGAUAUUUGUAUCGUGUUCGUGAACGCUGACUCGGGCGAGGGCUACAAGAAAUCCGAUGGCAUUGCGGGCGAUCGAAAUGACCUCAAAUUACACAAGGAUGGUGAUAAGCUUGUCCAGCAGGUAACAAACGGCUGUGGUGGCGGGAAAGGCGAUACUAUUGUCGUUGUUCACGCCGUUGGCCCUGUGUUGAUGGAAAGUUGGAUUGAUCUUCCCGGCGUUAAAGCCGUGGUUAUGGCUCAUCUUCCUGGCCAAGAAAGUGGCAAUGCCCUCGUCGAUAUCCUUUUCGGCGACGCGAACCCGAGCGGUAAACUUCCAUACACAAUUGGAAAGAGUCUCGACGAUUACGGGAGUGGAGCCAAGGUUCUCUAUUUGCCCAAUGCGCCGAUCCCGCAGCAAAACUUCUCUGAAGGGAUCUACAUCGACUACAGACACUUUGACAAAUAUGACAUCACACCACGCUUCGAGUUUGGAUUUGGUCUCUCCUACACCAAGUUUGAGUAUAGCGAUAUUCAGGUCACUACCGUCAAGGGGAAGUCGGCACUACCUGACCUGCGGCCAAAUGCUACAGCUCCACCAACUUAUGAUCAAACACUUCCCGACCCCUCAUCUGCGCUGUACCCUUCUGGCUUCAGAAGGUUAGCAAAGUACAUUUAUCCCUACAUCGACAACGUAUCGGAUAUUACUACAGGGCCAUAUCCAUACCCAGAUGGCUACAAUACGACACAGCUGCCAUCCCAAGCCGGUGGCGGCGAGGGUGGCAACCCAUCACUCUUCGAUGUCCAUGCUACCGUGUCCGUGACCCUGAAAAACACCGGCGGGGUGUCUGGCGCAGAAGUUGCACAGUUGUAUUUAUCAUACCCCAAGUCCCCAGUUCCUAGCGACUCCAUGGGUGGGAUGAGACGAGGUGGCUGGUUCGACACUGAUAUGAGUGACUUCCCAGUUAAAGUGCUGAGAGGCUUUGAGAAGAUAAACUUGAAGCCGGGAGAGAUAAAGGAUGUCCAUUUCAAGUUAACUCGAAGAGAUCUGAGCUUCUGGGAUGUGAGGGAGCAAAACUGGGUCAUGCCUAUUGACGGGGCGUUUACGAUAAGGGUUGGGAGUAGCUCAAGGGAUAUCAGGCUUGAAGGGAAAUUCUAAUGUGUUGGUUUGGACUUAUGACAUGGAAGCGGGCGUUUUGGAAUUGAUACCAAAAUUAGAAGGGGUGUAUGGGAGAUCCCCCUCGGAAAUAUUGGUAGAAGGGGAAUUUUAGUAUGUAAAUCAACGACAAAUAUCGUGUGUUUUCUACGUCCCUUACUUUUGGUCAAAAGAAACCAUCUUGGAAGCCAUAUGACUUCUUCAUCUGUAUACUCUCCG